AUGCUCUACGGUACAGGAUAUUUUUUGGAUUCUAAGUACGCAUCGUACGGCGAAGCGUUCCGAGAAGUUCGAAACUCAUGCGAGUUGCAACAGAGCUAUAAUUCAUACACUUGCAACAACAACGGUAAAGUCCCUAUGCUUAAAUACUGGCGGUCAGAAAAAAGGCCUGGUUCACAUACCGUCAUGACAUCUGAAAACAAGCUGCGUAUAUAUGGAGGAGAAGAUGAAAGAGUCUGGAGGUAUCGUUCGAAUAAACUGAAUGAACAGCCUCAAGUGUUUGCGCGUGAAUGUCCCUCUAUUUGCACCCCAGCUUUGCCUAACGCUGACAACCAAAGCAACGCCGUUCCUAUCUACACCAUGCCAAAAUUCAUAUGCACAAACUCUGACUUCGCGUACAACAUCGCUGAUCAUGAACUCUACAUUUCCGAUCCCAAAGGUACUGAAAUCAGAAACUCUUGCCAAGAUAUGAAAUUGAGCAUCAGCAACAGAUGUGAAAGCAAAGCAAGUGAUCAUCAGACAAGCUGGAGCAAUGUUCAGGUGAGAAUGCGUAAUCACGAAUAUUAA